AUGAGUAGUAACAACAACUCUACUAAGAAUGCAGAUACUGCAAGUAAUAAUUGGACUUCUGAUACAAAAAUACACAAUUUGCCACCGAAUUCCUCAUUUACUGCUACUAAUUCUGCAACCAAUGUAACCUCCCCAAAGGAACCUUCAUUUUCUGUAUUCAAUAGAAGCUCUGUUAACGACAGUCCUCAGCGUUCUAAUAGCGCAAAUAAGUUUAAGAAAGUUUUAACCGGAGGUGGAAUUAGCAGUAAUAAUAACAAUAACAAUAGUAACAAUAACAAUAGUAAUAAUAACGCUAAUAAUAACGCAGACAAUGGUAUUAGCCAUAAUAAUUUUAAUACACAAUUAGAUCAAAAAUCGAUCAAUAAUUAUAAUUCUACUGUGACAAGUGGUUCUACUAUGGCCGCCAAUGUUGCCAACAACUCCUUUUUUUCGACUUCUCAUAAUAAUCAUAACCAUAAUAAUAACAAUACUACUACCACUAAUAAUAAUAAUAAUAAUAAUAGUAAUAAUAAUAAUAAUAAUAAUAAUAACAAUAAUGGUACUGAUGGUGCCAAUUAUGACAACAACAAUAACCACAAUAGUAGUUAUGGUAACAAUAACAGCAUUAUGAGUUCUACUACCAAUAAUAAUGCCCUACAUAAUAUACCUGAAUUGCAGAAUGAAUCUAAUGUAAAUUAUAAUAGCCGUGAUACUAACGAUUCUGAUGAUUCAAAACCAAAGACUUUGGGCUCUUACAGAAAUAGAGCCGGUAAGUUUUCAAAUACCUUGAGUAAUUUAAUUCCAAGUAUUAGUGCUAAACUACAUCAUUCGAAAAAUAAAUCACCAACAACAAAUGUGUCCUCCUCGGGAACUAUUAAUAAUAACACGAAUACUGGCAAAAAUAAGAACAACAACAACAACAGCAACAACAAUGACAUAAAUAGCAGCAAUAGCGGCACUUCCAUUAAUUCCAACUUAUUACCAAAUGGUAUAGUUAACGAAAAUAUAAAUAGUUUAAAUGUAUUUAAAGAAGGGUUGUUAUCAAAUAAAAGGGGUAAUAAUAAUGACAGUAAUAAUAACAACAACAACAACAAUAAUGCCUCUACUGCUACCAAUGGUAAUAAUUCUACAAGACAAAAAAGAAAUAGUGGUAACAACAGCAACAAUACUCAUGAUACUCUCAUGAAUACUCCAAAUCAAAGUCGAAAUGGCAUGGUUACCAGUAUCACACCAAAUCGUAAAUCUCUUGAAAGUAAUAGCAGCAAUAGCGGAAGUAAUAAGUAUUAUUUCACUAAUACCAUGUACGAAGAUAUGCAUACUAAAAAGAGUAAAGAAAUGGGUGCCAUUACACCACCAGAUAUCAAUAUAACUGGACCUAAUUCAAAUAUUCAAAUACCGUUUCCUAGAACUUCUCUAGAUUCUUUGAAUGCCACAAUGGAUGAGUUUACCGGUGUCGGUUUAAGUACCGUUAAUUCCAAUCCUCCUAUUUCCAGAACAAGAAACAAUACAGUUAGUUCUCAGAUAACAUCGAUCUCGAAUUAUAUGACUUUAAAUAAUGCAGGAGCCAAUGGUGGCGGUAGCAGUAAUAUAUGGUCUGAGCCAAAUGAGAUUACUACAGCUAUCACUAAUGCUAAUAUCAAUAGCGGUAAUAAAUAUUUUUUGGGAUCGUCCGCUACAGCUACCAACGUCGCCAAUAAUAAUACUACUACUUCUAAUACUACUACUAAUAAUACCACACAAAGCAAUAAUAAUCACUAUUAUGAAUACAAUAGUAUUCCUGUAAAUUCUUUUAAUGUUAUAUCCCCCAUAAAGUCAAACAAUACUGCCAAUACUGGUUCCAAUAAUGUUAUUAUUAAUACACCCAAUAAUACCACUGCCAAAUCUUCUACCUCUGCCUGGAGAUCUCGGUCGAAAUCUAACGCAUCGAGUACUUAUGUGGAUGCAGCUUCAUAUUUUGAUGAGCCCUUACCUCAACUCACUACUACAACCACAAGACCGAGGUCUACGACCAAUCCACAUUUGCAAAUCAAUAAUGCUAAUACAUCUACUAGUAAUGUCUCUACCGUCAAAACUAAUGGUACAAAGUUUAAUAUCACUCCUGUUGUGGGCGAUGAUAUUGAUCCCAGAUCUUUGAAUUGGGUUAGUACUGAUAAAAACAUACCGCAAAUCAACCAAAUUAAUAACUUGUUACCGACCAAUACUAUUUCUAUUUCAAACGUUUAUUCUUUACAAAAACAACAGCCCCAUUUAUUUAAUGCUAUCAAUCUAACAAGUUCGAGUUUGGCGACUUUAUGUAUGUCUUUUGGCCAGGUUGUAUCAAGCAGGACCUUAAGCGGGUUGAAUAUGGCACUUGUUGAAUUUGAUACUGUAGAAGGCGCCAUGAAGGCCAAAGAAGCCUUGAACGGCAAAGAAGUGUCCAUGGUGGGAAUUCCUAGUUUAGUUUCGUUUGCUAAGAUUUUACCAAUGCACUAUUAUCAGCAGCAAGGGAAUGGUGCUAAUUUAAGACAUAAUUUAAACGGAGGUGCUCAGCAACAAUAUCACUCGUUACUACAGGAACAGCUGUUGAAUGGUUCAUUGUCUAUUGCCCAAAAUGGCAAUAUCUCCAUUCCUGUUUUCAACAACAAUGGUAAUAAUAAUGCAAAUAUGCAAUCCGACGCCAUGGCCAGUUCAAGUUUACUUAAUCAUAAUGCUACUAAGAAUGGUAGUAAUAGUAACAAUCAUGCACCUCAGUUAUCUAUAUCUUCAAUCACCUCUCUGGGUAACACCAGUAAUAUAAUGAUGAAUAGUAAUCCAAGUACAAAUACUCUAUUUUCAGUAGGAAACAACAAUAACAGUGCCAAUAGCAACACAGCACAUGUUGUUGAGAAGGAAUAUUGUCCAUUUCCAACGCCACCAACCAGUUUGAAAGAUAAAGUAUCAGAAUUAGAUGAUACAAUUGACUUAUUUGUAUCAUACGAGAGCAAGGCAAAUCCUACUACCAAUGAUGCAAUCAAUAGUAGCAUUAGUAGUAGCAGUAGAAGUAUCACCCCGGAUUAUAAUAGUUUAGUUGCGGGUGAUGAUGAGCACUGUGAAUUUGACAGAAUCCAAAUACAGCAUUUAAUUAAUAAAUCAAUGGUUUACGAAGGUACACAAGACACUAACGACUUUGGUCCGUUGCCCGAGCCGCUAACAAGCAGCACUAGAGAGUUUGACUCCCCUACCUUAAGGGAGUUAAGAAAAUUGAUCGAUAGCCAUUCCUUUACGGAUUUAGAAAUCGAACAGUUGGCCAUGUGCAUGAUUGAUGAAUUACCGGAACUAAGUUCGGAUUACUUGGGUAAUACUAUUGUGCAAAAGUUAUUUGAACAUUCGAGUGAAAUUGUUAAAGAUGUUAUGUUAAGGAAAACCAGUCCAUAUCUCACUUCUAUGGGUGUCCAUAAGAAUGGUACUUGGGCGUGUCAAAAGAUGAUAUCGAUGGCUUCUACUCCCAGGCAAAAAAUGCUUAUCGCAAAGGGCGUUCAAUCUUAUUGCACCCCACUAUUCAAUGAUCAGUUUGGUAAUUAUGUUAUUCAAUGUUGUUUGAAGUUUGGAUUUCCAUGGAAUAGUUUUAUAUUUGAAAGUAUUGUAGCUAACUUUUGGACGAUUUCACAGAGUAGAUACGGAGCUCGUGCUGUUAGAGCCUGCUUAGAAGCUCAUGACAUUGUCACUAAAGAACAACAGCUAGUUUUGAGCUCAGUGAUUGUUUUGUAUGCUGAAUAUUUGGCUACUAAUAGCAACGGUGCAUUGUUGGUUACUUGGUUUUUGGAUACCUGCACCUUGAAAAAUAGACACUUGGUCAUUGCACCAAAGCUUGUUGAAAACAUUGUUGAGUUGUGCUGUCACAAGUUGGCAUCUUUGACUGUAUUAAAGGUGCUGAAUUAUAGAGGAGAUUCGGAAGCUAAAAAUUUGAUAUUGAAAACUUUAUUUGGUAGUUUUGACAAGAAACAUGAGGAUCUAGAAUUUGAUUUUGAAAAUUUCAAUAAUAGUUAUAGUAAUAGCCAUGCAAAUGAUGAUACCAGCACUAUAAAUCCUGAAUUAGAAACAUUAAUUAAGAUUUUAAGUGAUAACAACUAUGGUCCUACGUUCAUUUAUAAAGUUUUAUCUAUGCCAUUGUUAGAGGGGAGCGUUAGAAAUUUUGCGAUUCAACAAGUUCGUAGAAUUUUAUUGGAUUCUUCUCAUUACAACAUCAAUGCGCAAUCACACAGAAGACUAUUAGAAGAAGUAGGUCUGGGAGCUAAUGGUGCUGCCAAUAGUAGUAUUGGUGGUAAUGCCACGGUUUCUACCACUAUUAAUACCUCUGUGAGUUCUAGUAAUGUAGGGAUUAAUGUUAUUCCAAAUGUUACGGGCGAUAUUAGUGGUACGACCACCAAUAAUGGUACUUGCAUUGGCACUGGUAAUAACACUGCUAAUACCAGCCCUCCUUCAAAUACUAUCAGUAGUACCGGUACUGCUAAUAAUAAUAACAAUAAUAAUAAUAAUAACAACAACAACAGCAACAGCAAUACUAGCAGUGGUAAUUUUGUAAGGCCAAACUUGUCUCAUAUUUUUGGCACGACAGGUUCAUCAAAUAACUUACCAACAAUUGCUACUGGUCAACAACAGCAACAGCCGCAAGUUUUAACACAAGGAGAUUUACGGAUAACGUCCCCCACACACAUAAGAAAUGUAUCGACUAGUAGUAUACGCAGCACUGGCUCAACCGGUGCGAGAUCAAGGAAGCUAUCUAACACGGGGAUACCGGUUAUGAGUGGUGGGUUUAAUUCUAACAUGAUUAUACCCGGUGGAUUUUACAAUAACGGCGCCAGUAAUAGCACUAGUUUAUUAUCUAGCAAUCAUUUAGUUGUACCUCAAUCUAAUUCAAAUGCAACAAAUAAUAAUGGUGAUAUGCUUUCUCAGUUUGAUUCAAUGAAAAUCACAAAUACUUUGAACAAUAUGAACAAUACGGGUACUAAUGGUACUUGGCAGUAA